AUGGAUCGAUAUGUGAUACGCGAGCCGCGAUCUAGUAAUGGUAAGAAUAAUGUGAACUUUUGUGUAUUAGGCAAUCCACAAACCAGUCACAUAAUUGCGUUUUCACCAAGUACAAGUGACAAUAACUUAACGGUAUUUAAACCGGACAACUUGUAUUAUGGUGGAUAUGGAUCCGAUAUCUCAAACAUUCAACGCGCAAGUAAUGCAGGACUUAUAUUAGGAAAUUCUGGGCACAUUGUGUCUGGGAUCGAUCCGCGUUAUUUAGCGGCGUAUACUGACGGCAGUGCUACUUACUUAGCAACAGGUCAGGAACAGAUUCCAACGCAACAAAAUCUCAUUAACGCAGAUACUACAGAUAGAGUGAUCUAUGGUCAAUACCAAAAUAAAAAUUUCGUCGGACCGGAAAAACCCACACCAAGAAAAUAUGUGCCUCAAAUUACUGGGAAAGAGCAAGUGCAAACGUCUUCAGACACUGUUUAUGCGAAGAACGAUGCACAAAAUCAAUUAAGUACACGGCAGGACAAACUUAAAGCUUUAAAUAAAAGCGGUCCAAGAGCAUUUUCCGGUCCCGUGGAGAAGGUGCUUAAAUGGCACAAGUCUUUACAAGAAGUGGGUAUUUUGAUUCUUUACGAAAUUGUUGCUAAAUGUGUUAGUGUGAGAUCGGGAGAUUCUUGCGCUAAAAUCUUAGUAGUAAGAGACGAGAAUGGACCAGCUAUGCAAGUUGUAUAUUACGAAAUUGACUUCUUAUUGCCUGAAUUGAAGUUACCUUGCAUGAUUAGAGUAAUAGGCCGCAUGUUGUACGGGACAUGUCGUCUGCAAGCGUUUCACGUGCGUCCAGCGACUGGAGAUGAUGUCGCGACAUUACCGCGCCGUGCUGCAGUCGCACAGCAUCAUGUCACCAAGCUCUGCAAGGAGUACACCGUUACGAACUGA